GGGGCGGGUCUUCCGGGACCAGGGCGCGUUGGGGAGGAAGGUCAGGUCCAGGGACUCUUUCUACUUGCUGGUCAAGAAAUGUCUUCACUUUCAGAAUAUGCCUUGCGCAUGUCUCGUCUGAGUGCCCGCCUGUUUGGUGAAGUUGUCAGGCCCACUGAUUCCAAGUCCAUGAAAGUGGUGAAACUGUUCAGUGAGCUGCCUUUGGCCAAGAGGAAGGAGACUUACGACUGGUAUCCAAAUCACAACACUUACUUUGCACUCAUGGGCACACUCCGAUUUCUUGGCCUUUAUAGAGAUGAACAUCAGGAUUUUAGGGAUGAGCAAAGGCGUCUAAAGAAGCUUCGUGGCAAGGGAAAACCAAGGAAAGGAGAAGGGAAAAGAGCAACAAAAAAGAAAUAGUGUUGGCCCAUUGAGAAAGAAAAAUGUCUUCCUCAGUAACAGGAAGAAGAAAGUGUAUUCAUCAUCUUUCCUCAUAAUGAAAGAACGCAGUCUUCCUGAGUGAAAGUUAUUUGGAGGAACACAUCAUCUGUGUGUUAAAGUCAAAUCCAGAUAAAUCAUGACUGGCUUCUUGAACACAUUCUAACUACAAAAUUAUUUUCACCUUAGCUUUGUAAUCUGAAGUUUACCUAAUUCUCUAAAGAAAUGAAUAUGUGAAUUAUCGUUUAAUGACUUUGGAGGGUGGGAAUGGGAAGGUGGGGGUGGAGGAGACCUGGGGGUGUGCCUGUCCUUCCUCCCCCCCUUGCCCAGCCCAAACAUCUUUCAUCUCUCUGGCCCUUCAACCACAGUUUCCACUACCAAGUUCCCAAGCUUUCUCGGCCUCUCCACCUAAUCUGAGAAAUCUAGGAGGAUUAAUUUGUGGGAUAAAAGUCUGUGCCUACAAAGGGAGUACUGAAUACCUACUGUGUGUAAGGUGCAGGGGCCCUGCUGAUAGUGGUUAGCAAGAGAAAUAGGCCCUCUAGAACCUCCCAGUCUUAUGGGAGAGACUAAUAUCAUUUAAUUACAUACAGUUUUAUUAAAUGCUUCAAAGGACAAUGCCAGACUUCUGUACGAGUGUGGUCAGAUGGAUGGUUGGAUCCAGAGAGAUAGCCAGAGGCCCAAAUCUCAUUAGAAAGUUUAAAGAAGGCCUCCCUAAAGAAAUGAUAUUUAAACUGAGCCCUGGAGGAUAAAUAAGAGUUAGCCAGAAGAAAAAAUGGUGAGAAAGGUGUUUAAGGCAGAGAGCACGACUUGCAAAGCCCUCAGGCAAGAAGAAAUCAUCCUGUUCAAAGAAAUGAAAAAAGACCAGUGAGUGGUUCACCAUCAGCCAUGAGGCAAUAGGCAGAGGUCACACCAUGAAGGGCUUUGAAGUUCUGUGAAAAAGCUUUAACUUCGCCAGGGGUCAGAAUGUGUACGAUAUUAUUUCUAGGAGGGAUGACUUGUAAAGGUUUGAGUGGUAAGCUACUGAUUUUACUGUAUUCUAAGCAAUGAAUUUCCAAAGAGAUUGUGAGGGUUUCUUAAGCUUGUCAAGAGUUGUUCUGAAUCUGUAGCACUGUCCGGUACAUUUUUUAAGUACUUUUUAAAAUUACUGCAGUAAAAUACAUAAAACUAAAUUUACCAUCUUAAUCACACAUAAAUGUACAGUACAGUAGCAUUAACGCUGUGCACAUUGUACUUUUUUAACCCCUGUUACUACCUCUGAAGUGGAGAGAGCAAAGUAUACAGGCAAGUGUAUGUAUAGCAAGCACUCCAGCUACAAUUUCCUUUCUCUGCUGUGCUGAAUGAUUCCAGAACUAGAAAGAAUCCCAGUACAUAUGCUUAGACAAGUGAUAUUUUUAAAUAUUCAUAAUCCAGAUGGUAUGGCUAGGACCUAUAUUGUAGCCUGUAAAAAAGGAAAAGAAACUAUCUAAAAUUGGGUGGUUUGUAGCUGAUAGAAGUGAAUUCCAACAGAAGGCUGAGAAUCCAUUCAUUUAGAACUCUGCUGAGCACCUGCCAUGUGCCUGACACAUAAUAGUUGUAGAGGAUACAGAGACAAAUAGAGUUAGUCCCUAAGAUUGUGUGAAUGAGCAUGUGCGUGUUGUAAAGUAUUGGAAUGAUCUCAGAAGUUUGCUUGGAAAAGUGCAGAUGCAAUGUUAUUCUUGGCCAGUGCAGCUGAGCCAGGUGUGGGUGGAUGAUUACCCCAGGAUGUUGGGCUGAGAAACAGGCUCUCAGCCUGAACCCAGUAUAGCUAAAUGGGUGUUCUGAAUUCUCCUGUGCUUGGAGAAGGCCUGAAUGUAAGAGAAACUUGAGAGAAUUAGCAUGAUGUUUUAAAGAAAGUAACCACAUUAAAUACCAGCAGCAGACCUGAACCAGGAGACAAAGAAUCAAUGUAUUGGCUAGCUGAUGGAAAAGCUUCGAUGAGAUCUUGACCCCUGAACCUGCAAGGGGCCUUAGCAAUGAUUGAUUGUAGAUAACCCAGCAGUAGAUUAGUGUGCACCACUGCUCCCUGCUGAAAAUUAGAACCUAAAGCUAUAAUUUUAUUUGUACAUAAGCUGAAAGAGUAAACACUGUGAGACUCCAAACAGCCUGUACUGAACCGCAGAGGGCCAGCUAGGAAGGAGAGGAUAAGAAGAGUUAAUUCUUGACACUGGAAGGCAAUGAGUUUCAGGACACCAGGGACCAAGGGUCAAAGACUAAGUGUAAUCUAGAAAAAUUCUCGACUCUAGGUUUAGACUAGCCAGAUUGUUUAAUUGGGCUUAACCAGUCAUAAACUAUUUGCGCUUUCCCUCUAAUGUUUGGUGUUUAGCAUGCAUGGGCGAUUUCGCCUGAUCUCAGGGUGGCAUAGUAAAAAGAGACUGGGUUUUGGACUCAAAAAUCAUGGGUUUGUGACAUAGUUUACUGGCUGGCUAUGUGACCAUAAGUCACCUUCUCUGAACCUCUUUCCUCUGUAAAAUCAUGAUAAUACUACUUCACUGGAUUAAUGAAAUAGUAAGAUAUUUGCAAAAAGGACAAUAUAAAUUAUAAAAGUUAAUCCCGUGUUUUUGCAUGCAGUGUUUUUUGUGACUACUAAGAACUGCUGCAUCUUAUUAGCAGGUUUUUCCAAGUGUUGACAUACAUCUGCUAAAAAUACAAAGUUCUCAGAUUCACUCACAGCACGAUAGGUUCAGGAAGUGGAGGUAGAUGGGAGAUAGAUUUUGUUAAUGUAAUUAUGAUCACUAAAAAU